GUCAAAGGACAGGAGCUUAUGUGAUGGAAUUUCAGAAUUUGAUGACUUCAUUUCCAAUGGAAUUAAGAGACCAAUUGGAAGAAGCACGAUUUUCAUUCCUUCAAGGUGGAUAUGUAGAAGAUUUUGAACUGGAAGAGACCAGUGAGGAAAAUGAAGAUGGAACUCUUGCCUUAGUGAAAGCAAUAGAGAAGGCUCUUCAGGUGAGCAACAAGGACCCUAAAUCGAUAAUCAAGGGAACAGCUAAAUCUGGGACAGAGUAUCUUGCAUCUCGAUCUUAUCACGGUCUUGACAUUCAAAGAAACAGUUCCUUAAUGCUUCACUCUUUUAUCUCGAUCUUAUUUAUAUUGAUUCGGUUUUUACUCUCUUAUUGUUUUUAAUGCUUGAAAUGGUUGGUUUAUUUUUUUAUUUUUUUUCUUCUUGCUACAAUUCUUGUUCCUUCAAUUGAUAUUAGUGCUCAAUGGAAGACUUGGAAGCUGCUGAAAAGUUGUAUAUUGGUUAUUGGUUAGAAUUGGCAACUACUCUUGAAUAUUGGUUCGAUUUAUUUUUUUAUUUUUUUAUUGUUGCUGCAAUUCUUUUAAAUGUUAUUCAUCUCACAUUGAUGAGAGCUACUUUUGAAGUUAAAGUAAUACGACUUUUUCC